ACUUUGUAUGCGUGAGGCCGACACCGGCCGACACCGGCUUGGAGGACAGUCAGGUAACGUGUGAGGUUAUCCGCCACAUCGUUUCAUCCGAGUCAAAGAAUUCAAUACCAAACCACUUCGGGACAUGAGCUUCAGUAUUGAGCGCUACAUAUGAUUAUAUGUUGGUAAGACAGACAGACAGAACCACAACAUGUCAGGGUUAAAAUAUCACAUGUCACUGCCUGUGUCGGUGGGGGUCCUGUUGGUGGGCCUCCCAUACUCCAUCUCUCUGGCUACCCAGUGGAUUUAUGGCUGGCCCAAUAAGCCUGGAUAUAAGAAGUACAUAGAAGCCCUGAAACCAAGGCGAAUAUACUGUUUGACCAAAGCUGUGCUGGAAACUCUUAAAUAUCUGCAAUAUGGGAGACUUUACUUUCAGUGGAAGUCAUGGUACAAGAAUGACGAAAACCGUAAGCAUUAUGAAAAGGGAAUCAAAUUUGGCCGCCGAAGCAACAAGCUGGACUUGUACCACCCUCCAAACGUGGGCAUGUCUAAAGAUGUGCCUGCACCGCUGGUGGUUUUCGUCUAUGGAGGCGCAUGGGGCUCCGGAGAUCGAUCCAUUUACUGUCUGCUGGCGAGGCAGAUGGCUGAAGAACUGAGUGCAACUGUCAUUUGUCCUGAUUACUUCACCUAUCCAAAGGGGAACGUUUUAGGGAUGGUCCAAGAUAUUGCUGACUGCUUGGUUUGGGCCCAAGAGAGUGGUGAGAAGUUCAACUUUGACAAAGACAACAUAGUAUUAAUAGGCCAUUCAGCGGGUGCACAUUUGUGUGCACUGACCACUCUGUUUCUCAUUGAUGCAAGAGAGGAGCUUUUCAUAGAGGCCAGCAAGCUGAGGGACAUUUCACUGGCAAUUAGAGGAGUUAUUGGUCUGAGUGGCGUGUACAACAUCAUGGACCAUUAUGAGCACGAGCAGAAGCGGGCAGUCGAAUAUGUCUCCACCAUGCAUAAAGCCAUGAAUGGAGUGGAGAACUUCCCGUACUACUCACCAACACACUUACUGAAGACGUUGAGCCAGGACAAACUGAACAGAGUGCCUCCGUUCGUUUUGCUCCACGGGACCAAUGACAUUAUCGUUCCUUUUGAAUCUUCCAUAAAGCUCUCUGAGCUCCUCACCACGCUGUCCAUAAAGGUGUCGCUCCACCUGCUGCCCAGAGUUGACCACACUGAGAUCGUCACUGACCUCAUGGUGUCAGACAGGCGCUUCUACCAUUGCAUCUACAGCUGCAUCAAACAUGAGUACAGAAAACUUUUGGGAACCUGCUGACGACCCUUCAGAGCGUCAGAAAAACAUCCAUUCAUCACUAAUAUUUUAAUGAUUGUGCCAUACACUUACUUUGUUUACAGUAUCUGCUCUAAUACCUCACAAUGAAUUGUAUUAAGCCUUGAUUUUAACUUGAUUGUGAUUCCAUAAUAAUGAUUUAUAUUUUCAACAGAUUGUAAUUGAGUAAAUCCAGCAGUUGCAUCCGAUUGGUUUUUGAUAUAAACUCUUGUGUGAAGUAGAAUCUGAAUAACCUGAUUCUAAUAUUGUCUUGAAAACUUGUUGUCCAGUUUGCAGUAAUGUAAAAUACAAGUUAAGAAAAGUGAAAUCAAUUAUGAAGCAAUAAGAGUAUUAUAAAAAAAGCAAAGCACACUUAUACAUAGUACUGAAAUGGGAGAACAGUUACACUCUAUAUAUCUUGUUUUUUUUUUUUGGCCAACUAUAUCUUACUGAUGUUGCUUUGAUAUUUUGAUUCAUUAACUUGCAUGUUUUUAUAAAAUGAAACAUUUUUCUUGAUUUAUUGUAAUAUUUUUUCUUGAAUAACUAUUUAUUGAUCUCAGACACAUUAAACCCAACAUGAAGGAACUAA